AUGCCUUCUCUAGUCGUUCCCAGGUUCAGAGCAUUGGAGCAGCGAAAGGGUGAUAUCAUUAAUGCGAUGCAACUUUCUGGUGCCUCUCUAACACCCGACACUUUGUACUACCCGCACUUUUCUCGUGGAGCAUAUUUGGCAUCAAACCUCGAAGAAAACAUCAAUCCCUCGACCUACGGCAUUGCUUAUAAUUAUUUCCCUUUUCCUUUCAGCGGCCUUUCGGCGUACGCGAAGCCCCAGCCUUACGCUAUGGAGCCCUUAUCUCGGGAAGAACUGGAACGGUUCCAGAAGCUCUCAAAUGAUUACGAAGCCGAAGUACCGGGCCCAUUGGUAUCGCCAAAACGGUCGAGUCAAGUCAUAUCGGCCGAGUAUAUGAACGCGGACCCUACCUAUGUUACAAAGACUAAUGCUCUUGCCUUGACACAUCCCUUUACGCGGACCAUGAAAGGAGAUGGAAAUUGUGGAUGGCGAGCGGUUGCUUUCGGAUAUUUCGAGAACUUGUUCACGCUCCGCGACACGUUAAAAGUCCAGCAAGAGCUGGCUCGGAUCAAGUCCAUGAACAGGUUUCUCGAUCAAGUAGGCCAUCAAGAAUACCUAUACGAGACCUUCGUUGAUGCCACCGAAGAGACCUUCGGCCAAGUAAUCGACGCGAUACAGAAGAACGUCCCCAACGAGACUUUCUUGGAGGACAUCUUCAACGAUUUCAGCCAAUCUAUGUCUAUAAUUACACAUUUCAGACUCCUUACCGGCGCUUGGAUGAAACUCAAUCAUGUUCGUUAUCAGGCUUUCCUAUCCACCCCUGUUGACCAAUAUUGCACCACGCGAAUUGAGCCGGCCAAGACGGAGAUCGACGAGGUUGGUCUCCAAGCGUUGGUAGAUGGUGUCAUUGAAGAAUCCGGAUUGGCAGUUGAAAUUCUUUAUCUCGACCGAAGUCAGGGCGAUGCAGUCACUCCACAUCUUUUAUCCCCCAACCAAGAGAGUAUCGCGAGCAUCAGACUUCUGUACCGCCCUGGCCAUUAUGAUCUUUUGUACUCGGCGGAACCCACUGUUCAUAUGACGCCCAUAGUCAAUUAUCAAUAUGGGAUGACAACAAAUUUCAGUCCAUGGGACGAUGGUGCGCUGUCAUUCGACGCCAAUCCCCAUUUGAUGUCCAUUCCCGGCCUCAUGAUGGACCCAUCUACAUUUGGUUCCGUCUCCAGUCCCCUGAUGCCGACACCUCCACAGCCCCCUACUUUCAUGCCGUCUCCCUCGCAGCACGAUUACUAUUCUCCUUCGAUUAGCCCUCCAGUGCCGUCUACUGUCUCAUCCCCCGCCCCUUCGACUCUACCGCUCAGUCCGCCGACAACGAAAUCGUCCGACGGCCCGCAAAUCCGGCUAAAUCCGUUGGUGAUGAAGCCCAAUCUUAGCCAUUCACUUCCGGUUACUACACCAUUCAAAAAGAUCGAGCUCGAUGUUUCGGCACGUCUUCGACGCGCCAUUCUGGACAACGAUGUCUUGCUGGUCAAGCGUCUCAUAAAAAAUAAUCCGUCUUGUCUCGAGAACCCGGACUUCGAAGACCGGAGUAAUACUUCCUUGCAUUUAGCGGCGGUUAAGGGGCAUUUGUAUAUAUUGAAACUUUUGUUAUCGCUUGGCCAUGAUUCCUGCACGCCCAACAUUGACCGUACCGGCUAUGAUUCGGCCCCGGGCGUCAGUCUCAACGUCGAUUCCUCGACAGCUCUCCAUCUCGCCGCUGCCCACUCCCAUCCCGACUGCGUCGAUCUGCUCUGUCGAGCAUUGCCACACAUCAUAGACUGGAAGGAUAAAGAAGGCAAAACCGCUCUUAUGCUUGCCGCGCAGAGCUCGAAUCCCAGUUAUGUUCCAGUAAACAGUACCUGCCAUGUGCCGUUUUCUGGCCGACCUCGCGCGGUUUCGGCAGCCUCGGUAAUGGCCUCCGAGGAUAUCACUGCUAUCACCAGCCUGCUCGCCCACGGCGCUUCACUCACCGCGACCGACCACUUGGGUAACACAGCUCUGCAUCAUGCGUCUGCCUGGGGCAAUUUGAAAGCGGUCCGCGCUCUCCUCGCGGCUGGCGCACCACCUCUGGCGCUCAACAAAGCUAACCAUACCCCUCUCGACUACUCCAUCACGAAGCAAGCAGCCCAGUAUUUCCAGGGCAUUGUCAGUGACUUGGAGAGUUGGAAAGCGGGCGACAGGCCAACACAGGAUCAGCAGUUACAAUCGCAACAGCCAAAGGCUUUGAAACUCAAUACCGCAGCGGCGCGGACAAUCGUAACGCCGCCCCAUGACGCCGGCACUCGAAAAUUGGGAUCGCCCAUGUCGUCGCCGGUCAAGAGUCGAAAUCAGGAGCAGCAGCAGCACACCAUCAUCAAUACGUCGCCUGUGAAGACGAAUUUCGGCGGCCUCAGGCUCGUGAUUGAUACCGAGAGCGCGGAACUUGCGGAUCUUGACGAUGUGCCUCCGACGGCGAAAAGGAUUGAGCGGUCGCCUGUUGAGGAGCCGAGAGUGACGGGCGAAUGGCGGGGCUCCAUGCGAUCACCCCCAGCAUCCGGCCGUCAGUACUGCUCUCCUCCCCUCUCCUCUCCGCUUCUUCAAAACUCCAUCUGUUAUUCUGCACUUCCUGUCUUGUUCCUCCAUGGAUUCGACAUUGCACCGUUCCCGCCUGCUGCAGCUGCUCCUGUGAACUCGAAACCACCAAUGGGUUCAUUCACCGGUUAUGUGAUCGUCUACGUUCUCGGCGGCGUUACAUUCAUACCUCUUGCCAUCGCCCUGUUGGUUCUCCAUGCAUAUCUCACGCUCAAACCGCCCGUGCAGCAAGACGAGUCUUCCUCUUCUGCUGCUAGUAUAUCCGCUACCGUCCGCGAUAACAACAACAGCAGCACCAAAAAUGGGGUCCUUGGCGGAUCGCCGUAUGAUGUCAACAACAACAACAACAGCAGGAAAUCAAGUCUACUUCAACCCAACGACGACCAAUACAGUCUGAAAAGCGGCACUGAUGUUCUCGCCGAGAAAUUCCAGCGCACCCACGAAUCUGAUGUGGCAGCCGGGUUCUUUGCUGUUUGUCGUGACUAUGUUCCCGGCGGUGUGAAUGGGAAGCCGCCCGAAAGAACCACGCCGGCCGGCGAGGUCGUUGGUACUGAGAGUCCCAGUGUCUAUCAGAGCAUGUAUCGGAGCAUCUUUGAGCGGAGACAGCCUUCAGCGAGUAUUGAGCCGGCGAAUAACACCGGAAAGAAUUUCAAAAAGGCGCGGAAUGUGUUCUAUAUCGUUCUUAGACACGGCCAUUUGAUGCUCUACGACGACGAACAACAGAUCGAGGUCCGCCAUGUGAUCUCAUUGGCACACCAUGAUGUUAGUAUCUACGGCGGCGGGGAGGAUAUUCCAGAAGGGGAGCUCUAUGCCAAACGGAAUGCCAUAUGCCUGAGUCGAAGGGAGGAUUCAAUCGCCGAUCUACGAGGACUGACUCCGCCUUUCUAUCUGUUUUGUCAGAACCAAUCAGUCAAAGAGGACUUCUACCAUGCUCUACUGAAGAAUCAGGAGAAAAUACCCAACUCGCCCAACUCCCCGCCAUCACCGCAGCUUUAUAAUGUCAAAGAUAUCGUCAAACUUGUCCAGGAUCUCCACGCAUCCGAAGAACACCUGCAGACUCGUUGGAUCAAUGCGCUGAUCGGAAGGUGGUUCCUUGCGAUGUACAAGACACCCGAGAUGUACGAGUUUGUUCGCACAAAGAUAACCAAAAAGAUCUCGCGGGUUCCGAAGCCGAAUUUCAUCUCCCACAUUGCAUUGCAGAAGAUCGACAUGGGCCAGGGGGCGCCCUCUAUUACGAACCCACGGCUUAAAGACCUGACUGUUGACGGAGACUGCACUGUGGAAGCUGAUGUGAACUACAGCGGCAACAUCCGUAUUGAGAUCUCAGCAACUGCUCGAAUCGACCUCGGUCCUCGAAUUAAGGCUAGAGAAGUCAAUCUUAUUCUGGCCGUUGUUUUGAAGAAGUUGACUGGCCACGUACUGAUUCGCUUCAAACCACCUCCCAGCAACAGAAUUUGGUUCUGCUUCGCAAGCAAGCCUGACAUGACUAUGUCUAUCGAACCCGUUGUCAGCGCCAGACAAAUCACGUACGGAAUCAUCCUCCGAGCGAUCGAGAGUAGGAUCCGCGAAGUGGUCGAGGAGACCCUUGUGUUUCCUUACUGGGACGAUGUUCCAUUCUUAGACACAUCGUCCUUUGCGUUCCGUGGCGGUAUCUGGCAACGGGAAAUUCCCAAGAUUCCGGUUGGGGUAGAAAUUCCUGACGAACCGGAAGCUGAGAACGAGUCAGAAGAAACCGUUGCUAUUCCGGCCGAGGCAUUGAAGACAAAGGACGAACGCAGCUGGAGUACCCCUGAUUUUGUCAAAGGAAAUACCUCGUCACUCAGGUCCACUAAAAGCGUAAAGUCUACGCUCUCCGAUUCUCCAAUAAAUGAAGCUGCUGCUGCCUCCUCAUCGGUGGACAAGCGGAAUAACUCUUCGCCUCUAGAAGCUAUUCGCGCACGCACUUUUUCUAAUGUCGCAGAGCCCGUCAUCACAGCAGAUCACGGUAGAGCAGAUAAGACUGAGACCGAAUCUCCGAAGAGCGACAAGCGAAAUAGUAUGAAACGAGACGCCACGAGUUCAAUGAUUGAAAUCAAAACUCGGUCUCAAUCUAAUUCCAUUUCCAGCACGCCUUAUGGAUCACCGCCAAAGGAGAACUUUCUGGGAUCUACAUCGUUCCGAGACCAGGUAGUCAUGUCGUCUGCUACUGACACGUCAGCUAGCCGCGACAGUGGGAACUUUCAACGACCGGGUUCUUCCAACUCGGAGGCUAUGUCUAGCACCGUUUCUCUCACCUCAUCCAUAACAUCUAGCGAAGAGGCGGUCCGCAAAGGGAAAUUCGAGAGCAUCAAUAGAUCAUUCACACAGUCAGGAUCUUCUGACAAGCGGUCUACCACCACGGCGAUUGGCACGGCAACUGCAGCAGCAAAGAAAUGGGGUUGGAAUGUUUUGAAUAAGGCCGACCAACGCAGGCAACCUGGCGACAUGGGACCCAAACCGGGAACGCCAGAACAUCCCAUUGGACGCGGGCGUCCACUUCCACCUCCAGGAACACCGCUACCGCCACCACAGCGAAGCGGUUUCAUGACAGGUUCCAUCAGUAUGCCUAAGAGAAAACCCGUCCCCCCACUUCCUGGCCAACUGUCCGAUGAGAAAAGGGAAGAAAGAAGGCCGGUCCCGCCGCCACCCUUGCCGAAAAGAAAGAACGUUCCUAUUUACGAAACCAACAACUUGACUUUCACGGACGAUCUUCUGGUCGUCGAAGCACCGCCGGAUUCCGAACCCAAUAGUCCUGCAAUGGCGAUUCCGCCGCCGCUGCCGUCGAGGGUUGAAGCUGAUGUAGUGCUGCCGACCUCGUCAACCUCGGAGAUAACGAGCACACGGUCUCGGGAUGACGAAAAGCCAAGCGAGACUCAUUUUGAUCGUGAGGACGAAGGUGAUGAUCAUUCAGAUUCCGGCUUUGAGCGCAUCUCAGGCUCGUCUACGGAAGAUAUUCAUCAUUCAGCGUCGCUACAUCAACAUCCCUGCACUUCAUCCUUUGGUUUCUUUUGGCAUCGCACUGCACGUAUCUCAUCCUAUACUCCCAUCCGCCCGACUUGGAAGGCUGCCACGGCGGCGGCGGGUGUCGUUGGUACUCCAGACUCGACCGAAGCCGAUCUUGCGGUAAACAUCCGCAAAGCUACCAGUGUUGAGGAAACUGCGCCGAAAAGAAAACAUGUGCGGAGUUGCAUCGUUUACACCUGGGACCACAAGUCCUCCGUUGCGUUUUGGGCUGGCAUGAAAGUACAACCCAUCCUCGCAGAUGAAGUGCAGACGUUCAAAGCUCUUAUCACGAUCCACAAAGUCCUCCAGGAAGGCCAUCCGGUCGCCAUCCGCGAAGCUCAGAACCAUGCCAACUGGAUUGAUAGUUUGAUGAGAGGUGUGGGCGGGGAAGGUCUACGAGGCUACGGUCCGUUGAUCCAUGAUUAUGUUAUGUUUUUGGAAUCAAAGCUCCAUUUCCACCGCAAUCAUCCCGAAUUCAAUGGUCUUUUUGAGUAUGAGGAAUAUAUCAGUUUGAAGACGAUCAAUGAUCCGAAUGAGGGCUACGAAGCCAUUACAGAUCUUAUGAAUCUGCAGGACCAGAUCGACUCCUUCCAGAAACUUAUAUUUUCUCACUUCCAGCAUGGCACGAACAAUGAGUGCAGAAUAUCCGCCUUGGUGCCUUUGGUGCAGGAAAGUUACGGAAUCUACAAAUUCAUCACUAGCAUGCUGCGCGCGAUGCACACAACAACCGGUGAUGACGAGGCCCUCGAGCCCCUUCGCACGCGCUAUGAUGCGCAACACUACCGUCUCGUCCGAUUUUACUAUGAGUGCUCGAACUUGCGGUAUUUGACUAGUUUGAUCACCGUUCCUAAGCUCCCACAGGAUCCUCCAAGUCUCCUGUCUGAAGAAGAGGAACGACCGGCACUUCCGGCACGGCCAAGGAACGAGGUUGAACGAGAGCCCACACCACCUCCCAAACCCGCAGCGGCGGAACCAGAGCCUAUGAACGAGUUCUGGAAUAACGAAGCUAGGCGUCAGCAGGAAGAGUUUGAAGCAGAACAGCGACGGCUACAGCAGCAGUGGGAGGAGCAACAGCGCCAACAACUCCAAGCCCAGCAACAGGCACAGCGCGAUUUCGAGGAACAACAGAGACUACAAGCGGAGCAACAGCGACUUGCUCAAGAGGCGCUACUUCGCGACCAGUACGCGCAACAAACGCAAGGCCGCAUGGCCGAGUUGGAGCAGGAGAACCUCAAUGCUCGUGCACAGUACGAGCGCGAUCAACUCUUGCUGCAACAGUACGAUAAGCGAAUGAAGGAUCUGGAGGAGCAGCUAAACAACAUAAACGGCAAUUUCAACCUUCAGAUUACCUCAAAGGAUGACCAGAUCAAGGCGCUCCAGGAGCAGAUAAACACAUGGCGCUCCAAGUAUGAGUCUUUGGCCAAGCUGUAUUCGCAGCUUCGACAAGAACAUUUAGACCUGUUGCAAACCACCAAAGCAUUGAAAUUGAAGGCGGCGUCGGCCCAGGAAGCCAUCGACAAGCGCGAGAAGCUCGAACGGGAGAUGAAGACGAAGAACCUCGAGCUUGCGGACAUGAUCAGAGAGCGUGACCGUGCCUUGCACGACCGAGACCGCCUGACCGGUACCAACAGGGAAGAUACCGAGAAGCUGAAACGUGAGCUAAGGCUUGCUAUCGAGCGUGCAGAGAAUGCGGAGCGACAGAAGGGAUCUGAAAUUUCGUCGCUGCUGUCCAAGUAUAACCGUGAAAUGGCUGAUAUGGAGGAAUCGUUGCGCAACAAAACGCGUGCUUUAGAAGAGUACGCUUCCAAAGGUGGCGAGCUCAACGAAGACCACGAACUUGCGUUGCGCGAGAAAGAUGAGGAAAUUGAAGUGUACAAGUCUGGUAUGGAGCAGGCUCUCAUGGAGCUAGAAGAGUUGAGAUUGAACCAAGGAGAUGCAGACCACGCCUUGGAUUCUCAGAUCGACGAAGUCCUGCAUGGAACGGUGGCCAAGAUCAAUGAUAUUAUUGACUCUGUCUUACAAAGCGGUGUCCAGCGCGUGGAUGACGCCUUGUACGAGUUGGAGUCUUCGAUGCAGGCCGGUAAUCAAAAUGCAUCGCCGGCUUACGUGCUUUCUCAGGUGGAGAAAGCUUCUGCCUCGGCUACAGAGUUCUCUACUGCUUUCAACAAUUUUAUUGCGGAUGGCCCGAAUAGCUCCCACGCUGAGAUUAUCCGCACAGUGUCGGUUUUCUCUGGCUCCAUUGCCGACGUGCUGAGCAACACCAAGGGUCUGACGCGUUUCGCUACGGACGAUAAGAAUUCCGACCAGCUCAUCAAUGCUGCUCGCAAACCCGCACAGGCGACAAUCCGGUUCCUCCGCGGCUUGCAGUCAUUCCGCUUAGAGGGUCUCGAGGCACUACAAAAGACUGACGUGGUGAUCAAUAACAACUUGGAAGUACAACGCGAUCUCCAGACGCUGUCCAAAUUCGUCGACACAUUCGCUCCCAAGGGUAGCAAAAUUAGCACAUCCGGGGAUCUGGGUGACCUUGUGGACCAGGAACUUGAGAAGGCAGCGAAUGCAAUUGACGCAGCGGUCGAGCGCUUGGCCAGAUUGCGCAAGAAGCCCCGUGAUGGUUACACUACGUACGAGCUCCGUGUCAACGACACAAUCCUGGAGGCAGCACUGGCCAUUACCAGUGCGAUUGCGGAGCUCAUCAAAGCGGCGACUGAGUCCCAGCAAGAGAUUGUACGGGAAGGCCGCGGCAGCUCGUCACGGACAGCGUUCUACAAGAAGAACAACCGCUGGACAGAAGGGUUAAUCUCGGCGGCCAAAGCAGUGGCUACAUCGACAAACCGUCUUAUUGAAACGGCCGACGGUGUUAUUUCCGGCCGCAACUCUCCCGAACAACUCAUCGUGGCCAGUAACGACGUGGCUGCCAGCACGGCACAGCUGGUGGCUGCAUCGCGUGUCAAGGCGACAUUCAUGAGCAAGACGCAAGAGCGCCUCGAGACGGCCAGCAAAGCCGUGGGAGCUGCCUGCAGGAGCCUGGUCCGACAGGUGCAGGCUAUCAUUGCAGAGAAGAACAAGGAUGAGGGCGAGGCUGUUGAUUACUCGAAAUUGAGUGGCCAUGAAUUCAAAGUGCGCGAGAUGGAGCAGCAGGUUGAGAUUCUCCAACUCGAAAACGCACUCUCCCAGGCUCGCACGAGAUUGGGAGAAAUGCGCAAGAUUUCUUAUCAAGAAGAGUAG